AUGUCCUCGCGCCGCCCCUUUAGCGACCGCACCCACAGCAUCGUCUCAAGCCACGGCCACGGGCACCGAGACAAACCACACACAGGCACCGUGCAAUACAUCAGCGAGAAAGGAGGUAACGAUGCGCCACCAACAUACCAAGACGCCUCUGGUGCGCCAGUCGAGAAUAACUCGCCAUUGGGAUACUCUGUCGGUCCGGUGACCAUUACGCUGCUAAAUAUCACCAUGAUGAUUGGGGCGGGGAUCUACUCUACACCGCAAUCUAUUCUCGCGGGCACUGGCUCUGUCGGUCUCUGCCUCGCCUCCGGCGCCGUAUACCUCGAGUUCACAGCAUACUUCCCCAGCCGCUCGGGAUCCGAAGUCGCAUACCUCGAGCAAGCAUACCCUCGACCAGCAUGGUUCUUCCCGACGACUUUUGCGGUGCAAAGCGUGAUCCUGUCAUUUGGAAGCGCAAAUGCGAGUGUCAUGGCGAACUAUCUCUGGGCGAUCUCCGGGCACACAGGCACGGACUGGCAGAUUAAGGGGACGGCGUUGGCGUGUUAUAGUCUUGCUACGUUAAGUCUGGUCUUCAACACCAAGUACGCGUACUGGUUUAGCAACGCUGUUGGCGUUGUGAAGAUCUGUACCCUCCUUUUUGUCAUCGUGACUGGCUUCGUUGUCCUGGGUGGAAAUACGCGAGUCGAAAAUCCGAAAGCGAACUUCCAGGAUGCGUGGUCUGGGAGUUCGAAUGCUACGGCGUAUGGGUUUACGAUUGCGCUGUAUCGCAUCAUCUUCUCGUAUGGCGGGUAUAAUAAUGCGUUUAACGUCGCGAAUGAAGUCAAGAACCCCGUCAAAUCCUUGAAGCUCUACGCCACAGCAGCCCUAACAACAGUCUACAUCCUCUACCUGUUCGCAAAUGUCGCCUUCUUCGCCGCUGUCCCCAAAGAAGAACUCGAAUCCUCCAGCCUAACAGUCGCAAGCCUCUUCUUCAGCAAAGUCUUCGGCGACGGCCCCGCAGUGCGAGGCCUAAACUUCCUCAUCGCCCUCGCCUCCUUCGGCAACAUAAUAGCCGUGCAAGUUGGACUCUCCCGACGCAUCCGCGAAUGCGGGCGUCAGGGCGUGCUCCCAUUUACAAAGUUCUGGGUAUCUACACAACCCUUCGGAACACCCCUUGGCCCGUACGCGGUAAUCUGGUUCACGACCGCGCUGAUGAUCCUGGCGAUUCCGGCAGGUGAUGCAUUUACAUUUGUUAAUGACCUGGGUACGUUUCCCACAGCCGCGUUUAAUCUUGCGAUGGCGGUGGGGAUUUAUGUUGUGCGGUGGAGAAGACGGAAUGCAACUGUACGCUUGCCGGAGCCGGAGUUCAGGGCGUGGCAUGUGGCAAUCGUGUUUAAUAUCCUUGUUCAGGCGUAUCUGCUUAUUAUGCCGUGGUAUCCGCCCGAUGGGGGGCAGUUCGCAGGCGAUGUGAGCUUUUGGUAUGCCACGUAUGCGGUUACGGGGAUUGGGAUUCUCCUCGCGUGCGCAGUCUACUACGCCCUCUGGGCACAUUUCAUCCCUAAGUGGCGUGGGUACCAGCUGCGUCAGGACCUUAUCAUCCUUGAAGACGGGGCGCAGAGUAACCGACUGCGCAAGGUCCCAAACGACGAGAUUGAUAACUGGGAUGCCACGCACGAUGCUGCUGGUCGUUUUAUCGACUCCGAGACGGAGUCGCAGUCCCAGUCCCAGACGUCAGUCGAUGAGAUCCAGGUUGAGGCGAAGGGAUCGAAUAAGACUGACCAUACUGUGUAG